AUGUUCCCUUGUUUGUACAUGAGCAUCGCUCCAGUGGACAUAUGGAUUGAAUCCGUUACUGGUGAGAGAUGGUUAGAACGAGUUAGACUAUUCGAAACGAUCGGCGAUUUAAAAAAGAGGGUAUGGCAUCGAAAAAGGAUUGUACCAGGUCGGCAAGCCAUUGUGUUUGCCGGAAGAUCACUUCCGGAUGCUGCAGAAAUGGACACCGUGGGCAUUCGGGAAGGUUCCACACUCACGCUUGUGGUUGUGGCCAGAUCCGGACCGCUGACAGAAAGGGAGCAAGAAGAAACCCUAAUGCUCAGUGACGAAGUAAGCGAUCGGGAGUACCGACGUCGAGGGAGGAGAGGAUGUAGUGCUGCUGAAGAUACGAGUGCGAAAGAAAGCAGCGCUGGUGAAACGGAAAAGGAGCAUGAUCUUGAUGAUGACAAAAGGCUGGCGAUACGAGUAACUGGAGUUGCCAUGACUAAUGGAUCACGACACGCACGGCGAGCGCGAACCAAUAGUCAGGGAGCAGCUAAAGAGCUUCUAGCUAUUUUCGACGAUGAUUGUAAUCCAGUAGUUAACAUAGAAGGUUCUCAACCAAGUAGGACGUCAAAUUCUCUCGAAGCACUGCCCCUGCCACUGGAAAAAUUUGAGAACCUCCGCGUUGAUUCUCCGACUGGAGACGAAGUGUUGUCCGAGGAUCCAUCGGAGCUUUCAUCUGGAAUGAUUGUUUGCGAUUUAACGAAUGAGUUCCGGAGGCAAAAAGUGCGCCGCCAUAGACAUCCACCGUCGCUUUCAACUUGCCGUCAAAGAACGCGCAGUAAACCGCGCGCAACACACCUUGGAGGUUCAUCAUCCGAUGAAAACGAUGGGAGUCACACGUCGUCCGUGUUAUUUGCAUUACCAGUUCGUCGAGGGGUAUCUACGCGUGCAAUGCGGUCAGUUGCGAUAAGGGGAGGAGCAGCCCGGUGCAACGUCUGUGCUUUCAGAAUAAAUAGUGCUUUUAAUUGCAGGUGUGGAAAGACGUUAUGCUCGCGGCAUCGAGCUGCACAAUCACAUACGUGCUCUAAAAUCCGAGCAAAGUUACAGCAAGUGAGCGACUGA